CUGGCAGGCUCCUCAAGAUUGUUGUGAGGAGUCUAGCCAGUUGGUGAGCUCUGUAAUCUAAACCAGCUGUCUCCAGACUGAGGCCCCCAUUUGCAUUGUUUAACAUACUUAGAAAAUGAAGUGUUCAUUUUUAACAUUCCUCCUUCAAUUGGUUUAAUGCUGAAUUACAGAAGAGAACUAAGCAAAACCAGGUGCUUUUGCUGUAUCCUCUCCAGUGUCUGAGGAGGAGCAGACCUCUCUCUGCCCUUUCUAUUAUUUGGUAUUUCAUUCUUUGGAAUACAAAUGACUGAGGAACUCAAGUGCUAGCAAAACGCCGAUGUUCAGACACAUUUUUUAGUUAUUCAGCUUGCAGACUCCUUUUUUCCUUCUUUCCUAACUAAUGUUGGACAUGCAAGAAGUAAAGAGGAUACUGACGGUUUUCGUGCUGGCCACCUGCCUUACACGCCCUGGGAAAGCACAGCAGCAAUGCACUAACGGGUUUGACCUGGACCGUGCCUCUGGGCAAUGCUUAGAUAUUGAUGAAUGUCGGACUAUUCCUGAGGCCUGUAGAGGAGAUAUGGUGUGUGUUAACCAGAAUGGUGGCUAUUUAUGCAUUCCCCGAACAAAUCCAGUUUAUAGAUCACCAUAUGUGAAUCCUUAUUCAAACAUUUAUCCACCACCUCCAGCUUCCAACUACCCCACUGCUACAAGACCUCUGAUGUGUCGGUUUGGCUACCAAAUGGGUGAAAACAACCAAUGUGUUGAUAUUGAUGAAUGUGCUUCCGAGUCACACCAGUGUAACCCCACUCAGAUCUGUAUAAACACUGAAGGAGGAUACACCUGCUCCUGCACUGAGGGCUACUGGCUCUUAGAAGGCCAGUGUUUAGACAUAGAUGAAUGUCGCUAUGGCUACUGUCAGCAGCUGUGUGCCAAUGUACCUGGUUCCUACUCCUGUACAUGCAAUCCAGGUUUUACCCUUAAUGAUGAUGGACGAUCAUGCCAAGAUGUGAAUGAAUGUACAACCCAGAACCCUUGCGUGCAAAACUGCGUCAACACAUAUGGCUCUUUUCUCUGUCGCUGUGAUCCUGGCUAUGAACUGGAAGCUGAUGGAAUUAGCUGCAGUGACAUGGAUGAGUGCAGCUUCUCAGAGUUCCUUUGCCAGCACCAAUGUGUGAAUGAGCCCGGUUCUUACUACUGUUCCUGCCCCCCUGGCUAUGUUCUGCUUGAUGAUAACAGAAGCUGCCAAGAUAUCAAUGAAUGUGAGACUAGAAACUUCACUUGUACUACACAGCAAACCUGUUUCAAUAUCCAAGGAGGAUACAAAUGUCUAGACCCAGUAAAGUGUGAGGAUCCUUAUAUCCAGAUCAAUGACAAUCGCUGCAUGUGUCCAGUUGAAAACCCCGGUUGCAGAGAUCAGCCAUUCACCAUCCUAUACAGAGACAUGGACAUCAUGUCAGGACGGUCUGUGCCAUCUGACAUCUUCCAAAUGCAAGCAACAACUCGCUUCCCUGGUGCCUAUUACAUCUUCCAAAUCAAAUCAGGAAAUGAGGGCAGAGAAUUCUACAUGCGGCAAACGGGACCUAUCAGUGCUACUCUAGUGAUGACCCGUCCCGUGAAAGGGCCACGUACCAUUCUAUUGGACUUGGAAAUGAUCACAGUCAACACUGUCAUCAACUUCAGAGGGAGCUCUGUCAUCCGGCUGAGGAUAUACGUAUCGCAGUACCCGUUCUAAACCUUCGGUACAUUCCCUUUAAACGUUAAAAGCAACAACAAAAAGACAUUAUCCCCUUUCUGCAGAUCUUUUUCCUCAAAAAAAUAUAGCAGCUCAAAACCUAACCAGUGUUACCACAGACACAAUGGCCUGCGCCAUCUGAUGAGAGAAGCCUCUUCAUAUACAACCCUUUCCAGGAUGCAGACAUCUGAACAUGUAUUGUCAGCAGAUUCCGUAUGAUUUUAUAUGUGAUUAUAUGUUUUAAGAACCUUUUGUUGUUGUUGUUGUUGUUGUU